AUGGGGUUAAGGGACAAAUUCCAACGAGCGAAGGACUCUCUACGUAGGGAGCACACCAAGAACGAUUCUCGUCAAUCACCAGGUGGUGUCAAACAGCUUGUAGAGUCCACCAUUACGUCUGCUUCUCAAUCAACUUCUACAUCUACUGGCCUAUUGGGAGUCACCAGUAAUGUCGCCAAUAUCACUGCGGGAGUUCAAUCUUCACGCGAUCCAGCUUCCCCAACGAACAUCCCAAUUGUCCAAACCAAAUCCCAAGGGACCAUGCAAUUGGAUGAGUCGAAGGAUCUUUGGCUACAAGCAUGUGAUACUUUGAGACUCCAGGAGCCGGAAUUGAUGGACGAUUACUCUCGAAUUCUUCUCCGUGAAGCAAAUGUAACGCCUGGGAGCAGCACUACACAAGAUGCGCCAAUUUCCAAUGGCAAAUUAAUAAAAUUGAUGAAGGCAAAGCUGGACGGAUUUACAAUUCCCUCAAGUCGAUCUGGGGACAAGAUUGAAAAAAUUGUCAAAGUUGUGAUAGCAGCCAAGACUUUUAUUGGGUCUACUCUUGAGAGUGAACCACAUGCUGCUAUAGCUUGGGCUGGCGUCUCCGUGUUUCUCCCUCUUCUAAUCAAUCCUAUCACAGAGAAAGCGGGCUGUCGUGAAGGGCUAGAAAAUAUCCCACCACUCAUAGAUCGAUAUGCUCUCCUUGAAGCCUCCAUCUGGGACCCGACCAGUACCGAUGAAUAUCAGAGCAGUGCUGUAAAGCUGCAGCUAAGGAAAGCCAUAAUUCAACUUUACGCCAAAAUCUUACUUUACGAAGCUCGAGUGAUUAGCCAAUUUUGCGGAAACUCCGUGACCGGAUAUUUUCGAGAUGCCUUGAAACUUAACGACUGGACGACUAUGUUUAGGGAAAUGAACGAGCUCGAUCACCGAUGUGGAGAUUUGAUCUAUGCCAUUGAUCGUGAUUUGAACCGAAAAACAGUUGAAAAGCAACAGACCCUGCUAGCUGAGGCGUUGGAUGGGUCAAAGACCUCGCAGAAGACCAGAGAUUACCAGGAGUGCUUUCAGUCCUUUCGAAGUGGGAAUCUGUAUGAACUGCAAAAGAAUCAAAAUCCCUCUCGCAUCCCAGGAACUUGCAAAUGGGUGCUUGAGCAUCCCACAUUCAUCGAUUGGAAAGAAGGAAGUGGGCCUGGUGUUCUCUGGAUCUCGGCAGAUCCAGGCUAUGGCAAGAGUGUUCUUUCAAAAGCGCUCAUUGAUGAAAACCUUGUCGCAUCAGAACAGAAUACGGAUGUCUGCUACUUCUUUUUUAAGGAUAUCUCGAAAGAGCAGCGCAGUCUUACGAAAGCCCUUGCUGCCUUGCUACAUCAAAUAUUUUCAUCUCAAAAACAUCUUCUAGUAUACACGGAGUCUAGUUGGGCAAAGAACAAUACCGAAAUCGCCAAUUUAGCCCAUGAAAUGUGGGGUAUCGUGAAAAAUAUAGCUACGAGCGCAAACACUAGAAAUAUAAUAUGUAUACUGGAUGCUCUAGACGAGUGCGACGCUUCCGAACGAAAAUUCUUUCUUAAACAAUUACAAGCACUGUAUAGGGUUACUGUCCCUGAUAUCGUCACUCAUUCCUCGAGCCCCAGUCUCCCCGAUGUCUCACUUCAUUCACACAUAGCUGUUGAUUCAAGAGCUUCGACAAUUUCUACUGGCUCACCCGACUUGAAGGUGAAAUUCCUCAUCACAAGUAGGCCUUACUAUGAGAUUGAAGAGGAAUUCAAAAGUCUCACGGAUGUAUUUUCAGGAAUCCGCUUGGCAGGUGAGGAUACCACGGCAACAAUAAAAGAGGAAAUCAAUCUCGUCAUUGAUGCUGAGGUAGAUAAGCUCAAACUCUCCUCGAAAGCGGAUACUCGACUUCGCUCUCGAUUGAAGGACAUAGAACAUCGAACAUAUCUGUGGCUAUAUCUUAUCAUGGACACGAUACGCCUUCGAGCCAAAGCUAGUAGACAAUCAAAAACAUUUGAAAGAAUACUAGACGCGGAAUUACCUUCUACGAUUGACGAGGCCUAUGAGGCGAUUCUCGAUAAAAGUCCUGAUAAGAAAGAGGCCACUAAGUUACUUCACAUUGUGAUCGGUGCAGAGAGACCUUUAGCACUGGAUGAGCUUAAUAUUGCCCUCAAUAUAGAUGAAUCCUACGACGGAUCUCAAUCUUUUGAGGAUAUUGAGCUUGAGGAUCCCGAACUAUUCCCGAAAAGAAUUCGGGAUAUUUGUGGUCUUUCUGUUUCCAUUUCCGAUUCCAAAGUAUAUCUUAUUCACCAGACCGCGAAAGAGUUCCUGGUAGCGAAGGGCUCAAGCCUUGCAGCAACAGGUUGGAGACACAGCUUGCACACAUACGAUUCUCAGUCUAUAUUGACUAAGAUUUGUAUCUCAUACCUCUAUUUGAACACUUUCUCGGAGAUUGAUACUGGAGCUCGGUGCUUUAUAACAUCACCCAAAGGCCAACCAAACAUCUCGAAUGAAGACCAAUUCAAGUUUCUAAAAUAUGCAUCAGACUAUUGGAUGAAACAUUGGAAGAUAUCUUCAUCUCAUAUUGAUGUGCGAACCAUCAUAGAUUUAUGCUCACCAACGGUUCGGCGGUCCAUGUGGUUUCGAGCUUGUUUUGGAGUGAAAUACCCUCCAAAAUACCUCUGGCGUAUCACUCACAGAAUUCGGAACGUGUUGAAAGUAGAUGAUUUCGAAGAAGUAAAUACUAUAUCACCGCUUAUGAUCGCAUUAGGUCUUGACCUUCUUGACAUUUCUAAAGCUCUUUUGGCCACUCCACUAUCACAGUCUGAAUUGAAUCAAUCUUGGAGAAAAGUAACCGCAGUGUCUUUUGCAAUUCGCAUGGGAGAUUAUGAAAUGACAAGGGCACUUAUAUCCGCUGGUGCCAACAUAGGUGACAAUAGCGCCGAUGAGCAUUCACGAACAGCAUUAGAAGUCGCGCUCGACAGAGGGGACGACGAUAUUCUAAAUCUCCUCUUUGAAAACAAAGCUGGAACACAUGCCGCCUUGUGCUCGGCCUUAGGAAAUUAUGUUGUCAACUGGGAUCCUAGACUUAUCGACUUGCUCUUGGUAAAAAAUGGACCCCUUGUACCCAGCUUGAGGGUUAGACUUCUACUAAUCGCGUUGUCGACAAGUAUUGCUCAAAAUAAAGGCCUAGCUGUCAAAUUUGUGCUAGCAUGUCCUCACGAGCAGAGCAUGGACGAAACAUUGCAGAAACCCUUAUAUUCGGCACUGACAGCAUAUUAUCUCGACUUCGAUAUCUGCUCAUUGAUCAUAGAUGAUCCAGCAAUACAUGAUCUUGACAAGUGUUGGGAACUCAAUAACAGUACUGGUAACAGUCAGUCAAUAGUUCAUCAUCUCACUGAACGUUUGAAACCCAACAGUAUUGGUUUUUGUCGGUACUCAGAUGGAGUACGGCUCCUAAAACUUCUGGGCGCUCGUGGUGCGUCCUUUGAUCGACACUUUGAUGGUUCUGCGUUCUUGGACGCAGCUUGGUGUGGCCGAGUUGAUUAUUUUGAGGUUUUCCUCCAAAAAGACCCUCAAUUGGCAUCACUCUACAUCAACAAAGCUAGAGUUCAUUCGACGCCUCUGGAUAUCGCAAUCAACAAUAGCAAUCAUGAUAUGAUCAGAUGUCUUUUGAAACACGGUGCACGUUUCAAUCAAAGUAUCCGCUUCGAGUUCCCUUAUCUUGAAGAAAGUUACUUUUUCACUAUUUUCACCGCAUUUAAACGCGGGGAUAUUGACAAAACGUUUAGAAUCAACUUGAUAGAUGGAAUCCUUAGCACUGUAUCAAUGCAGCAACUUCAAAAGCUCAUUGGGUAUGGUUUUGAUAUCAAUCUAGAUAUUAGAGGCCAAACCCUACUUUCGCAUGCGGCAUCUUCUGGAAAUUCAGAUUGGGUUCAGUGGCUUAUUGAUCACGGAGCCAAUGUUGAUGAUAGAUUCUCGAAUAGACAGUCCAUUCAAUAUUCGCCUUUGAUGGAAGCAAUCUGGUAUUGCGAUGAUUCAGCAGCUGCAUCAGGCAUUAUAAAGAUUCUUCACGAGCACGGUGCAAAUAUUGAUGGUCCCAGAGAUUACAAGGGACGCGCCGGCUUUGUUGUAGCAUCUUCAGUACACCUUGCUAUCAUCAAAUGCAGCGUUAAAGUCUUGCAGACUUUACUUGAGUGCAAUGCCGACGUGAAUCUUCAUGGGGAGAACUAUGGAAUCCCGCUCAAGGAAGCAACUAUGAAUGGGCAAGUUCACCUUCUGAAACUUCUCGUGUCAUACGGAGCAGACGUCAACGCCGUAGUUGAAGGUAUCCCAAUAUUGCACCAAGCCAUAUUCAAUCGAAAACUGGAGGCAGUGGCUGUCUUGCUUGAUCUCGGUGCCUACAUAAACAUUUUAGAAUGUGUCCGAGGCACACCAUUACAGCUUGCGAAGGAUAUGCAUUAUGUAGAAAUGGUAUUGCUAUUACAGAGUCGGGGAGCGUUAGAAGUCUGCAACCUAAAACCACUGGGAACUUCGUAUUUUUACCAUCAAUCUCGUGGUCAUACGUCAACAAAUUCCUUAGCCUUCUUCAGAAAAGAUAUUGAAAUGCCUGCCCCAGAGGUAUCCUCACGGCGCCGAAGUCUUAAUCUCCAAACUUGGGGUACGUACACUUUCGAUCACCAUGGUACGGUGGCUUCUGGCCCUUUCCAUGAAGAAGUGAGGAAUUAUGUGCUAUCUGACUUGAGUUUAAGAUUCGAGAAAAGGAAAGAAGUAGACAGCGGCACAUAA